GUUCCACAGCGUAGGACAGGUAAGAGCCGUGUCGACUUGCAGAUAGACGCUUGUGUGUGUGUGCGCUGAGCCGUUUGGCACCAGAGAUGGAAAAAUCAGCCGGGACAACGGAGAGCGCGGGCGGCAGCGGUGGACGGGAGCGUCUGGGAAUGCGCUUCACCAUCGACUACCUGCUGUUCAACAAGGGGCGGGACGGUCCCGGAGGGCAGCCCGAGGCACGGGCCCACGCAGCGGACGCACGGCCGCCCCGUGGCGUAAACGGCGAGCCGGGCCCGGGGAGCCCAAAAGAGGGCUUCAGCCUGGGGCUGGGGAGCCGGGGGAGCCUGGAGAAAGGAGCCGAGGGAUCGGAAGAGAGGAACGAGGGAAACGAGGAAGGAGGACAGGGGAGCGUCGGUUCCGAUGACCCCCAGGACAAGCCGAACCAGUCCUACAUCGCCCUCAUAUCAAUGGCCAUCUUGGCCUCCGGAGAGAAGAAGCUGUUGCUGUGUGACAUCUACCAGUGGAUCAUGGACCACUACCCGUACUUCAAGAGUAAGGAUAAAAACUGGAGGAACAGCGUGCGCCACAACCUCUCCCUGAACGAGUGCUUCGUCAAGGCGGGCCGCAGCGACAACGGCAAGGGCCACUUCUGGGCCGUCCACCCCGCCAACCUGCCCGACUUCUCCAGGGGGGACUACCACCGCCGUCGCCGCACCCGCCGGAGGAUUCGACGAGCGGCGGGGCAGAUCCAGUGCCCCGUGCCUCCCCCCGUCUACCACCCCGUCCCCCGCUCGCGGGACACCCCGCUAUGGGGGCUCCCUCCGGACCGUCCCCUCUCCUGCGUCCCAGCCGGGGUGUACUGGAGCUGGGCCACUCUACCGGCCCCCCACAUCCCACCCUACCUCUCUCUUAUCUGAACAAGCCCUUUACCGCUAUACU